GGCUCACCCAGUUUUUAUUGGAUAUUUUAAUUAUCCAAGUAUAAUAUUAAUAGUUGUAUUGGAUUCCAGGAGAAUUUAAUAAUCAGAUGUUGUAUUACUAUUAGUUUGGUGGUUGUUAUGGAAUUACCUGUAGUUUAGAUUGUUUGGAUUGGACUUUUUUUAUUUAACCAAAGAAAAUGCCUUUGACACGAAUUUCAACUACUGAUAAGUAUUCAUUUCAUUGUGAAUGGUUUGAUACUAAAGCAUCACUUUUACGAACAUUUUUUUUAUUUUACUUCCCUUCAGAUGGAACAAUAGAAUUGUAUGACAAGCAAAGAAAAAAGAAAUUUUUAAACCGUAUAUUUGUGGAAGAUAUAAGUCUUGAUGAUAUAUAUGUUGGGAACACUGUCAAAGUAUUUAACAGGCAAAUCAAAAUCACUGGUUAUGCUAAUGAAUACACCAAAAAACAUAUGGGCGAAUCUAUGCAAAAGACAUUUGUACUAUUGAAGCCAGAUGGAAUAGAGAACAAAAGUCGCAUUAUACGACUUAUAAUCAGCAAAGGAUUCAAGAUUAGUAAUUUGCGGAUGAUGAGACUUUCUACCGAAAUCAUUGAAAUGAUUUUCCCAGAAAAGAAAGGAAGCCAAGAAUUUCUGAAUUUAUUGAACUUUCUGAAAUCUGGUCCUGUAAUUGCUAUGGAACUGAUUUGUGAAAAUGCUGUUCAGAAGUUUCAGGAAUUAGCAGGACCUGAGGAUCCAAAAGAGGCCAAAAAUUCAGCUCCCGAAAGUCUUCGGAGUAUAUAUGGUGUUGAUUUGGUUUAUAAUGUUUUUCAUAUUGCUGGCACAACAUCAGAAAGUGAAAGACUCAACAAUAUAUUUUUUGGUCCUAAUCCUCCGCCAUCAUCUUCUGAAACCAGCACUGUUGUUCUCAAAGAUUCGACCUGUUGUGUAAUAAAACCUCAUGCUGUUCGAAAUGGUCAUUUGGGAGAAAUCAUGUGUAUGAUAGAAGAUGAAGGAUACUCUAUUACUGCAUUGCAGAUGUUUUAUAUUGAUAACGUCAAUGCUGAAGAGUUUUUUGAAGUCUACAGAGGUGUUCUUCAAGAGUAUCCCGAAAUGGUCAGCGAAUUGAUAUCUGGAGCUUGUUUGGCAAUGGAAAUAACAGGAAUGGGUGAAAAAACUCCCAAAUAUUUCAGAAAUUUGGUUGGACCUACAGAUCCAGAAAUGGCAAGGCAGUUGAGACCAAAUACUUUGCGAGCUGUUUUUGGAGAGAAUAAAGUAAAAAAUGCUUUGCAUGUAACAGAUCUUCCAGAAGAUGGUGUUCUAGAGGUUGAAUAUUUCUUCAAAAUCUUGGUCUAAUCUUGAAAGGAACUUCAUCCCAUGAUUAAGUUAACUCAUUGUAAGCUCUAAGAUUCAAUAAGGUACUUCAAAACACUUAAGCUAAAGUUAAAACCUUUUAGAGUUAAUGUGUAAUUCCAUUGUUAAACAAUACAACUAGCAAAAUGGAACAUUUAAACAUUUAAUUUAAGUUCUAAAACUCAAUAAAGAUAUAUCACAUAGACAUUUAUAAUAGAAAAAUAUAAAGAAUAAUUUUGGUUAUUAAUUAAAAUUUACAAUUAAAUUAUAUACAUUAUAGAAUCAAAUAUUAUUUUACAAUUCUGAAUGUCUAGCAGCAAUUCGAGACUCGAUAUCUAAAUGUAAUUUGGCAACUUUUCUGGUUUGCUUCUUUAUCAUAUCUUCAGUUAUUUCAGCAGCUGAUAGUUUAUCAAGGUCUUUACUUUUUUUCUUCAAUUCUUCCUCCAGAGCUGCGUCAACAUGCAUUCUUCUCAAUUUCAAUAGGCGUUUUUCAUAAUGUGCUAAUUCAAC